ACGAAUUAAAUGAAUUGUUGGCUGAAAGGAGCUGACCUUAAAAGGCGGAAGGGUAGGCGACAAACAACGUAAGAAAUAUACGAGAUAGGCAUGCAAGGGAUAAAAAUGGUCUAACAAGUAGUAUAAUGGUAUAACAGCCAACGUCUUAUAUAAAACAAAUGACAUAGCCCUCAUGCUGUUGGCCGCCCAUUCUCCGACACAUUGUUACCAACUCUUCAUAAACAUACGUACCUAGUAAUCAUGUCCGCCACAUCACCGCAUCUCCUUAUUGCCGGAGCUGGCCUUGGGGGGUUGGGUUUAGCCCAGAGUCUCAAAAAACGUAGGAUCAAUUUUACCAUUUUUGAGCGCGACACUGGUCCUGAUGCUCGGAACCAAGGUUACAGGAUUAAAAUCUUUCCGGAUACUGUACCUGACCUACAAUACCUCACCACACCAGAGCUAUUCGCCGAGUUUGAAGCAACUACAGCUGAAACGGUUAUGGUGGAAUCGUCUAUCAAUGCCGUCGAUGGUCACUUACUCGCUCGUCGUGCCUUGAAGGGCCCCAAACCAUACACGGUCGACCGAGGAUUUCUGCGCAAAGUUCUUCUUCGCGGCCUUGAAGACCGGAUUCAGUGGGGGAAAGACGGAACUCACUAUGAGAUAGACGAAGCUAACCGAGACUCACCUGUCACGGUAUACUUCGCUGAUGGCAGCACUGCUUCUGGUACCCUCCUCGUCGGUGCAGACGGUGGGCACUCACGUAUCCGCCGGCAGCAUGUGCCAAACCACAAGAUUGUUGACCCAGAAGCAAUCUGCCUCUACGGUCGCACAUCCCUAACUCCAGAACUCGAGCAGCGUAUUCAACCGAAGCUAUUAAGCGGCCUAGUCGUCGUUCGCGACGUAGCGCCAGUAAUCCAGCAAAUCAUUUUCAACUCAGAAUUGCCUAUUAGCAUGUUCGUAGAACGCAUGCACUUCCCGCAUCGUGGACUUGACCAUCUAGAUCUGCCGGAAGAUUAUAUGUACUGGUCGAUGCUGGCGCCAUCUAAGCUCGUAGGAUUUACGGAACAAGCGGUCUCCUCGACACUCAAUUCCUUAACGCCAAAAGAGCUUGCCUUGAGACUGGCUGAAGAAUGGGAUGACUCGGCGCGGUGCCUGAUUGAGAUGCAAGACGAGACUUAUGCCACUUCGCUUCGGGUCAUCUCAUCUACGCCUGAUUUAUCUGAUUGGGAGCCAUCUCAAUAUGUAACUCUCAUUGGGGACGCUGUCCAUGUAAUGUCGCCUUCCGGUGGUGUUGGUGCAGCGAUGGCGCUGAAGGAUGCCGUCGCCCUCACUAAAGCUCUCGAGGGGCCGGAUGGUGGUUCGCUUGAUAGUAUCAAAGAGUAUGAAAGUACAAUGCGGGCUGGGGCUAAGGUCGCUAUUGAGAGAAGCUCUCGUGGGGGUAGGGUUCUUUAUGGUCAACCGCCGCUCGAGGAUUGCCGAGUAUUUCCGUUGGAUGUACUUUAAACUCACGAUAGGUAUUGCGAUAUUUUUGGGAAUGGCAACUGCUCGCGUGAUGUAUCUAAUUGUCAAUAUUUUAUGGAAUUAAUUACAGAAUACAACGUAGACCACUGUUAAACAAAAAUCUGAAUUGAAAGCAAG